GCAGACGACAGGCAACUGUGCCUGGGCUGCAGCACCAUCCCCAGGUUUCUGCAGCUGCCACGGGGCACUCAGGCCUGCUGGGAUUAGUAACUGGCUCACAGCCUGAGAGCCAAGGCCCUAAAUAGAGGGCCGCCUAUGCCUGCUGCAGAAGACCUUGGCAGCAGCUGCUCCACCUUGUCACAGGCAGGGAAACUGAGGCCCAGAAGGAGAGAUGGAUUUUCCACUGUUACCUGUUGGGAAGCCUUUCAUCUCACUGAAAGGCCCAGAUCACAGGGUAACGUCUUCUAAUUUAGUGCAGUUUCUCUGUACUGCUGGCCCUUUCAGCUCCAGAAACCUCAGUGUCAGCUGGCUGAAGAACAGUAACGAACAUCCAGCCUCAGCCCCACAACUGGUGCCAGUCAACAAUCACUCUUACUCUGUCACAAGCAAGGCAUGGGUGGCCUUGACCAAGCAAGAUAUCUUGUCUCAGAUCACCUGUAAAGUCACCCAUGGAGACAUUGAUGAACCCCUAAGAAUGACCAUUAAUCUUUCUCAAGUGGUCAGAGUUACCCCCACACUGAAGAUCACCACUGAGCCCCCGGAGAUCCAAGAUCAUGCACAUCAGAGAGUGAACCUGACUUGCCAUGUAAGCAACUUCUAUCCCCCAAACAUGCGCCUCAUCUGGGCUAAGAAUGGGCACAAGAUCCUGACUGUGGAGCAUACUCAGGCCACCAGAAACUCCGAUGAGACUUACUCUGUACAGCACACAUUACAGGAAGAUGCCAUAUUGAAUGAUACUAACUUUAUCUGCUGGAUGAUCCAAGAUGACCAGCCUCCAGUUGGGGACAGCAUCACCCUGGGAACCCCCAGGAAGGUCAGAGGAAGGAAAGAUUACUCUCAUAACCUCGAAGGGCCCCUGCAGCGGUUUGCACCUGGAGCAAGCAUCCAAUUGAAGUACACCUCCUCUGAAUUGCCAACCCGGCAGGUUACUGUGAUUUGGCUUAAAAACAACCACAGCCUUCUCCAGACCCAGACCAAUGUCUUCUCAGGUGGAGAGACCUACAACGUGACCAGCACUGUCCUCGUCCCACUGGAGAGUGAUGACAUAUUAUCUUUAGUUCUCUGCCUGGUUGAGCAUAAGUCCUUAGUGGUUUUCCAGAAAGUCAUCUACUUAGACCAGUACCUUUAUGUUCCUCCGGCAGUGAGAGUGUCCCAGUCUUCAACUGUCUCCAAUUUGGUGACUGUUACUUGCCAUGUAGAGAGAUUCUAUCCAAAGGAUAUAUGUCUCACUUGGCUGGAAGACUGCCAUGUGAUCAGGAGAAUGGACAAACCUACACCUAAGAGGAAUGAGGAUGGGUCCUACACUCUGGAGAUCCUGCAAUUGGUAAAUGCAUCAAUGCAGAGGUCUGAUCAAGUACUCACUUGCAAGGUAGAGCAUGAGGCCCAGCCUCCCACCCAUGCCAGCAUUAUAUUGUCUACAGCAUCCUUUCCCAUACGCAAAGCCAUCAGGAGCCUAAGUUCAGAGAAAUCUAUCCACAUUUUUGUGGCUUUCCUUCUAUGCCACAAGGUCCUUCUGGUGGUGAGUUUACUGGUCCUCUUCACGUACAGGUGGUGGAGCCUGUGACAGGAGCUCAAGUGGCGAGAAGAUGCAAAGAUCUGCUGUUGAUCCGAGACUCCUGCUCUGCACUCAUCUGCCUCCUCCAUACAUGUGCUCCCCCCGCACACUGUCAGAUGUGGACUUAGAUAGUUUAGGGUUGUUUCGGACUCAAGAUACUAAAUUUCAAAUGAGCUCUUCUUCCAUCCAAAAGGCAAUUUGAUGAAGAAGAAAAUGGAUGUUCACUCUGUCUCAUGGUCAAUCUUUAAUUUUCCAGUUCUCACAACCAACUAGAAUUUCUGCAAGCAUGAUUUAAUUUUAGCAGACACGAAACUUAAAAUUAUUGGGCUGCUGAAAAAGAAUUUUCCUAUCUUGAAAUGGGAUUAAAAAGAGUAUAAAACGCCUCUGGAUUUACUAUAACG